AUGAGCUUCUACAAAGCAAACAAAAAGCCUCUGUUACACGGAAAAGUUGGCCUUUUUUCCCGCAAACGAAACGAAGGGCCUCCUGCAGAGGAUCUUGCUGCCGCACACACGACGCGCGGAAAGAAAGCACGUUUCUCCCGCAACUGUUACAACAUUGCCGUGUUGCGAGACGAGAUACCUGGCUGCAUACGUCUGUGGAAAAAGCACAAAUGUGCUUUUACAAAGCAAACAAAAAGCCUUCUUUACACGGAACCCUUGGCGAUUGUUCCCGCAGACGAAAUGAAGGGCCUGCUGCACAGAAUCUUGCUGCCCCAACGGAACUUUUGGCGAUUUUAUCCGCAGGCCUAG